AGCUACGGUCUCAUCAGAGUAACUUAGAUAACACUUGGAGAGAUCAAAAACUUUGAAAGACUUCUGAGAUAAGAAUUUAUUUUUGAAGAUAAAGAAAAAUGGCCUUAAACAGACCUAAAACCUUGACUGAGAGAACUCUGAAAAGGAAGGCUAGUGAUCUUGAAGAUGAAAAUCCAAACUUGGUCCUGGACAGUGAAACAUUAGGCUCCAGUAAGGCAGAACUACAAACAAGAAAGAAACAUCCACCACCCCCUCACUCCAACUACAUUUCUUUGAGUGACGCUGAACAAGAAACAGACUCAUUUAGCUCAGGAAGCUCACUUUCAAGUAAUGAAUCAGGGAACUAUAAUUCACAUAGUCAAUGGGGCAAUCAGGAUCUGGAGUACUUAAAUAUCUUAUUUGAGAAGACACCAGAAACCUUUGAAAAUUUUAUCAAAGAAGUGAAAGAUGCUUUUACGAAUAGGGAAGGUUUUUGUCCCGAUCCCAGCAGAAUGACCAGCAUUUUGACAAGACAACUUGAAGAAGAUUUGACAUUUUCAUAUGAUCUGGGAGAUCUCCAAGACAUUAGGUGUGCUUCAGCUAAAGACGUAAUAGAGGCGAGAGAGAAAAUAUCUAGGAAGAUAAAUGAAGACAUCGAAAGGAUGCAGGAAAAUUCAUCAGAAUUUGAUUCUAAGAAUGAAUUUUGUAGAGCAUUGGAUUCUGCUGUGGGGAAGUCUGCUCUGGAGGUUGCUGUAUUGUUUAAUUCAGCCUGAAGACGGUUUGCACGGGAGACUGAAUUACUGCUUAAACUGGUAUUGAAAGAGCCUGUAUCUUCAUCAAAGCAAAAUGAGGGAUGGCCAGACAAAAAUUAUUUCCAGAAUUAUUUUAAAGUGUUUGGAAAGAUCUUCUUUUUAAG